AGAAACAUCGUCUUCUUCUUUUCGAUUUAGGGUUUGGUUUCAACAUCCGCGCACAAGCACACACAAAAAAUCUCUUUUCUCCUCUGUCCUCCGGUUUUCCUUUUCUGAGAAUUGAAUUUCAAAUCAGCUGAUGAGAAAAAAACUGCAACAAUAUGAUGGAUACGCUCCAAUUUCCAUGAUUCUUUGUAUUUAAGUCUCUGAUGAUUUGUUUCGUUCUUUCAUCUUCACCAAUUUUUUAUUAUUUAUAUUCAUGAAUUUUGUUUUUUAAUUUCCAAGAUUUUAGUUUUCAUGUGAUAUGAUGAGGAACUUAUUGGUCCGUGUUUCUGAUUUAACCGUGACCGACAAACCUUAACCAACUCUGAUCGCUCUUUUAUACAUACGCUAAAUUUAAUUUGAAGUUUUUGAAAAUUGUCCUGCUUUUUAGUGCUUGCUCUGUGAUUACCUGCCUGAAAAGGGCAAUAUACGCUAUUCCGAUUAUUACAUGACCGGAGAAACUUCUAGAGAAUGUAUGAGAGUUGGCUGCUAAAAGUUUUUGUGUUUUUUUUUUCAUGCUUUUUCUUUAUUUAUUUGUUAUUCUGCAGUGAUGAAUUCUGGAUAAAUAUCACAUGUCAGACUUCAGAGAUUUCACAAUCAAUGAGAAUUAAAAUUCAAGUAUUCUGAGCAGAAUUUAUUGAUUUCAAGAAACUGUUUUCAAUUUUGUUAAAAAAGUUCAAAGAUUUUCAUCUGUAUGUAAUGUGACGUGAGAUUUCUAUCUCGAAUUCUCAUGCUUUUGAAUGGGAGCAAGAAGUAAUUAUGAGUGUAGAUUCCCAAGUAAGCGUCACAAAGCAAGCCAUGUAAUGUCGACCGGUCCUCCGUCCCAUUCGUGGGAGGGAGCUCCUCCGUUACGGGGCGGUCUCAUAUUCCAUCGCCUUGUGGAGCAGCGUUGCUGCCUUUACCAUUUGGGACAUGCCAUGAGACGUACAUUCUGUUUUCACACACAAGAACAGACGGUAUCAGGAUUAGAACAAUUCGAAAUGCAGUGGAGGAAGAUGAUGAAGAUGGGGGAACUGUGGACACAGCUGGGCUCGGUGAUGGCCAGCAUGAUGUUUGCUUAUGCCAUGUUCAAACAAUUCUUCCCAGACGAUCUUGGCAACAUCCUUGAAAAAUAUACCCAAAAAUUGGUGGGUUAUGUCUACCCUUAUAUCCAAAUAUCCUUUGAUGAAUACACCGUUGAGUUUUUAAGACGCAGCGAAGUUUAUUCGUCCAUCCAAAGCUACCUCAGCACCAAGUCCUCCACCAGAGCAAAACGUCUCAAGGCUCACGAUGUAAAGGGCAGCAAGGCCCUUGUUCUCGGCAUGGACGACAACGAAGAGGUCACCGAUGAGUUUCAGGGCAUCAAGCUCUGGUGGGUUUCAAUGAAAAGUGCGUCCAAAAAGUCAUCUUUCUCUUUCUAUCCUGAGUAUGAAGAGAGGAAGCAGUACAAGUUGACCUUUCACAGACGCCACAGGGAUAUUGUGAUGGGGUCUUAUCUUGACCAUGUGAGGCAGGAAGGGAAGGCAAUUGCAGUGAGCAAUAGGCAGCGCAAGCUUUACAUCAACAAUACAGGGAAGGGUGCCAAGUGGAGCCACGUAGUGUUUGAGCACCCUGCAACAUUUGAGACCUUGGCAAUGGACCCGAAAGAGAAGCAAGCGAUCAUCAAUGAUCUCAUGAAGUUCAGUAAGGGGAAAGACUACUACAAGAAAAUUGGCAAGGCUUGGAAGCGUGGAUAUCUUCUCUAUGGGCCACCGGGCACCGGCAAGUCUACCAUGAUCUCUGCCAUGUCUAAUCUCAUGAACUAUGAUGUCUAUGAUCUCGAGUUGACGGCUGUCAAGGACAACACCGAGCUGAGAAAGCUGUUGAUUGACAUAACUGGUAAGGCGAUUAUCGUGAUCGAGGACAUUGAUUGCUCGCUUGAUCUGACCGGACAACGAAAGAAGAAGAAGCAAGAGGAGGAAAAAGAUGGGGAUGAAAAGGACCCAAUUCCUAAAAAGCCUGAAGAAGAAGAAACCACAACAAGCAAGGUCACUCUGUCUGGGCUGCUCAACUUUAUUGAUGGGAUUUGGUCAGCUUGUGGAGGGGAGAGACUGAUUGUGUUUACCACAAACUAUGUGGACAAACUUGAUCCUGCUCUCAUUAGAAGAGGAAGAAUGGACAAGCAUAUUCAGCUGUCCUACUGUUGCUUUGGAGCAUUCAAAGUGCUUGCAAGGAAUUAUUUGGAUGUAGAAUCACAUGAGUUGUUUGGAACCAUCGAGCGUUUGUUGGGGGAAACCGAUAUGACCCCGGCUGAUGUUGCUGAGAAUUUGAUGCUCAAAUCUGAUACAGAGGAUGCAGACUCUUGUUUAAAGAGCUUGAUUGAAGCACUCGAGGCUGCUAAGGUGGAGGCAAGAGUGAAGGCAGAGGAAGAAGCAAGCAAGAAAGCAGAGGAAGAAGCAAAAUUGAAGGCAGACAAGGAAGAGAAAGAGAAGGAAAAAUCUGGUAAUUCUAACGAUGAUGUGAAAUGUAAUGGAACAAAAGAUAAAGUGAAAGGAACACCAGUUACAGAGGUAAAAGAAAAUGGUGUGACCCCGUGAAGAAGUCAUUUUGCCCAUUGAACAAGGCAUUAGGCCGUUACCUCUUGAAGAUGUGACUUGUAGUCUUUAUGUGUCAUAUGAAAGAUGUCAACUAUAGACAAUAGGGGGUAUUCAUUAAUGAACAUGGCAAUUACAGAAAA